AUGGGAAACCGGAACACUGCCAAGUAUUCGGUGAAUCCAGAUAUCCACAUCGUCGGCCGUAACAAAGCCUCAGCUGAGAAAGUUCUCGCCGAACUCAGAGCCGCGAAUCCCAAUGGCAGCUACCACUUCCACGAGUGUGACAUCUCGCUCCUCUCAAACGGGCGGACUCUCGCUACCACGCUUGCACACCAGCUCCCAAAAAUCAACCUCCUCGUCCUGACGGCUGGAAUUCUAUCGUUUAGGGGUCGCACGGAAACUUCUGAAGGACACGAUGUCAAGAUGGUGUUGCAUUACUAUUCCCGCAUGCUCUUCAUCGACGCCCUUUUACCGAACCUUCAAGCUGUCGCUACCGACAGAAGAGAAGGGACAGCGCGUGUGAUGAGCGUGCUUAACAGUAUGAAGAGCGACCAUCGCAAUCUCUUGUGGAACGACUUGGACCUGAAGAAAACGUAUACCCCAGCCAGCGCGAAAAUACAUUCCAUCUCAAUGACGGAUGUAGCUUUACACGUGAAAUUUGCACGUCUCCAUCCCUCGAUAUCGUUCCAACACUGCUACCCAUCCGUAGUGUCGAGGGACCUCUAUCGCGGGCUGCCGUGGUACGCGUCAGGCCUUCAGGCCCUGCAAGUAUCCUCGGAAAGCUCUUCGGAACUAGCCCGGGGGAUUGCGCUGAGUAUCUCUUUGACCCGCUUUGGAAUGACACCAUGA